AAUAAUGAAUUGAAGAAGAGAGAAUAUGAUAAACGUAGACAGUACGUAUUGAAGGAGUACAUGAUGUAGAUAUGUAUCGUAUUCAUACACCUCAUACGUACACAUUUUAUUCCAUUAUUACUAUAUAUUAAUACAUGUAUAAUGCAUACAAGACCAUUUGUAUUAUUAAUCAUGUUAUUACAUCAUAUAUCCUAGAUGCAUAAUCAUGCAUACAUAUACAUAUACUGAUCUUAUACAUCUAUAUGAUCAAGGGUGGUGAUGAUGACCAUGAGGCCGCGGAUGCGGUUUGUGAGGCUCAGGAGGGCCGCCUGGAGGAGGAGGAGCAUGAUGUAGAGGAGGCGCCGGUUGAGGUGGACCCGGAGGCGGUGCAUGGGGUGGUGGAGGUUGGUGAUGGUGUGGGUCUGGUGGUGGAGGCCCUGGAGGGCGUGGGUCUGGUGGUGGAGGCCCUGGAGGGUGUGGGUCUGGUGGUGGAGGGUGGUGAUGGUGCGGGUCGGGUGGUGGAGGCCCUGGAGGGCGUGGGUCUGGUGGUGGAGGGGGAUGGUGUGGGUCUGGUGGUGGAGGGUGGUGAUGGCGUGGUGAUGGCAUUUUUUUUUCUUUGCUCCUGA